AUGUGCUGUUCAGAUCCCUCUCUAACUUUACUGAUGCUUUCUUUAAAAUAUAUUUGCAUCCUACAUACAAGAAAAGAAGAUAUGAUUUUGAUGUUUAUUAAGAAAAUACUUUUUCUGUUCUUGACUGUGCUUGGCAUUCUGGGAAACAUGUCAGUUUCUGUGAAUUAUAUGUUCAGUUGGCGGGGUAGCCCUGAGAAGAAACCCAUACACCUUAUUCUCAUCCACUUGGCUUUUACAAACAUUCUAUUCCUUCUUGUGAAAGGAUUGCCUAAGACAAUAGUAUCUUUUGGUUUGAAAAACUUCCUGGAUGACACAGGCUGUAAGAUCAUUGUUUACCUGGAGAGGGUGGCCCGGGGCCUCUCCAUCUGCACCAGCAGUCUCCUCACUGUGGUCCAGGCCAUCAUCAUCAGUCCCAGAGCAUCUGAGUGGAAGAAGCUUAUACCAAAGUCUGCAUGGCACAUCCUUCCAUUGUUUCUAUUCUUUUGGGUAAUCAAUGCAUUGAUAAGUGUGAACCUAAUCAAUUCCAUCACAAAGACAAGCCCGAAUUCAUCGCAGCAUAAGAGUGACAACAAUAAUUGUUAUUUUAUGUUACCAACACAGAAAAUUAAAUGGAUUGUUCUCCCUCUCAUGGUCCUGAGAGACGCAGUGUUCCAGGUUGCCAUGGGAGGGGCCAGUGGCUACAUGGUAUUUCUUCUCCACAAGCAUCACCAGCAUGUCCUCUACCUUCAGAACUCCAAGCUUCUCCACAGAACUUCCCCUGAGCUGAGAGCUGCUCAAAGUGUCCUCCUUCUGAUGCUCUGUUUUGCUUUCUUCUACUGGACAGAUUGUGCCUUUUCUCUAAUUUUAAGUAUCUCUUCAAGGGACAAUGCCUUGAUGAGAAAUCCUUGA